ACUGCGUCGAGCUUCCCAGGCUUCGUUGGUCCAGCUCUGUCGGCUUAGUACCAAUUGCAUAUUUUCCCUUGACUUUUCUCUUGUGAGCUUCGGCUGCUGCACUCAACAUCUAUAUCUGUAUGGAGUAGCUGCUACGAACCUGCACACCGGGCCUACCUUACCCUCACUCUCACCCCAACAUGCGCUUCGGCAAGACCCUCUCCGACGCCAUUUAUCCACCAUGGAAAGACAAGUACCUCGAGUACGACAAGAUCAAGAAGCUCCUCCGUGAAGAUGAAACCUCCCCACAAGGCCGGGGCGGCGAAGCAAGCUGGACUGAACAGGACGAAGAAAACUUUGUUCACGAGCUCACCGUGACGCAAUUGGAAAAGGUCCACCAGCAUCAGGUCAAUACGUUCAACUCCCUACGAGACCGAACCGCCGCCUGCGAGGCCAAGCUCCCGUCUACUGAAGGCGAAGAUGCGGGAAAAUCCGAGGGAGAAUAUAAAGCUGUUGCAAAGGAGCUGCUUCCCGAGUUGGACAGCAUCUCCAAAGAGCUGAAUGAGCUUAGGAAGUUCAGCAGGAUCAACUAUACAGGCUUCCUCAAGGCUGCAAAGAAACACGACAGAAAGAGGGGCCUCAAGUACAGAGUCCGUCCAAUAUUGCAAGUGCGUCUUUCCCAGAUGCCUUUCAACCAGGAGGACUACUCGCCCUUGCUCUUCCGACUCUCGACCAUGUAUAGCUGGGCUCGCCAGAAGCUCGAGGGAGAACAGGCCGGUAAGGAGGCGAACACUAACGUCCGACCAAAAGAUGAGUAUAAGGCCUUCAAAUACUGGGUUCAUGUGGACAACCUUCUUGAAGUCAAGACUUACCUCUUGCGGCGCCUUCCCGUCUUGGUGUACAAUCCUCAAUCUGUCAAGGUAGUCGAUUCGUCUCAAAAGGAUCCGACAAUCACCUCCAUCUACUUCGACAAUCAGAACUUCGACCUUUACCAGGGUAAGGUCGAAAAAGGUGCCGGCGGCGCGUCCCUUCGGGUCAGAUGGGCUGGCCAAUUGCUUGAUGAGCCCGAGGUUGUCCUUGAGAAAAAGUUCGUCGACGAGGAAACAACCGACAGUAGCGACAUCAGAAUCCAGCUGAAGCCCAAAUAUCUUAUCCCAUUCCUUAAGGGGGAAUACAAGAUGGAAAAACAGAUCAAGAGGCUUGAAGAACUGCUGGGACCUCAACAUGAGGAUAUCAAGGCGUUCAAGGCCAAUGUUGACGAGAUCCAAUCCUUUGUCAAAGAGAAGGAACUCGAGCCAGUUCUCCGAGCAAGCUAUACCAGAACUGCCUUCCAAAUCCCCGGCGAUGACAGGAUCCGGGUGUCACUAGACACUGAUCUCGCAUUCAUCCGAGAGGACGCAAUGGACCCUGACCGGCCCUGUCGAGAUCCGGAUGACUGGCAUCGGUCUGACAUUGACCAGAACAAGAUGGAAUACCCAUUUUCGGCCAUUAAGAAAGGCGAAAUCAGCCGCUUUCCUCACGCGGUACUUGAGAUCAAGAUCAAGGAAUCCAAGUAUACUAGGAACAACACUUGGCUCAACGACCUGAUGAACUCUCACCUGGUCAAGGAGGAGAAAAGGUUCUCCAAGUUCGUCCACGGUGUGGCCGAGCUUUUCGAAGACUACGUCAACAGUUUCCCAUUCUGGCUGAGUGACUUGGAGACCGACAUCAGAAGGGACCCGGUCACAGCCUAUCAGGAGGAACAACAGAAAGAGGCUAAAAAGGCAGAAGAUGAAAUGGCCGUCGGAAGCUUCAUCGCAGGGUCCAGGUUGACACCCAAAGGGAAGUCGGCCUCUCCCGGCAAAUUCCCAGAGCGAAGACUUUCCGGCCAGCUCUCUCAGUCUGUCCAAUCUCAAAUACGAAGCAGGCCUGAGCCGCAAUUGGAAACAACUGCCGAAGAACGGGAUACCGACGAGGAAGGUGUUCAUCCUCCCGAUCAAGUCGAGGUUCGAGACUCGUCAAAGGGUGGCAUUCGAUCCUUCCUUCCGGCUUUCUCCAAUUCUCGAUACGCUCGUCGUCACCGCGAAGGAAAAGGAGCCUGGGAAAAUGCUCCACUACCGCCUGGUGUCCAAGAACCAAGUUUCUGGAUCAAAGACCAGGGUGACCUGAAAGUUGAAGCAAAAGUCUGGCUUGCUAAUCAGCGAACGUUCAUCAAAUGGCAGCACAUUGCAGUCCUCUUGGCCACCCUAUCACUUGGUCUCUACAACGCUGCCGGUGUCAAUAACAACAUUGCGCGAAUCCUUGCUGUUGUGUAUACCUGCUUCGCUGUCUUUGCAGGAGUAUGGGGGUGGUAUGUGUAUAUGUGGCGGACGAAAUUGAUCACGGAACGAAGUGGGAAGGACUUUGACAAUCCCAUCGGCCCAUUCGUCGUCACCAUUGGUCUGGCCGUGGCAUUGAUCUUGAACUUUGCUUUCAAGUAUCAUGCCGCAAUGAAAAGUCUCAACCCAAACCCAGGUAAUGGCACGACUGACACAUCGAUGACGGUCACGUUGUUGACGCCCAAGAUUCAGCUUCCUCAGGUGUCUGCCACGGGACUCCUCGUGCAGGAACUCUAGACACGCAAGGCUGGCAUGAAGAGGAGGGCUCAGGGUUUGCGCGGGAGGUUGAGACCAGUUGGCCUUCCAUUACUGAAAGCAUAGCACGAGGUUGGAAAGGAUCAAAAUGACCACAGACAGAAUUUCCGGGCUCACUAGAUAGAGCACCUAGUAUCAUACGUACAGAUAGCCCACCGGAUCAGUGGGCCAAUGCAUUGCAUCAAUCGCUUUUCGCGCUGUCGAGUUUCUAGCAACCAUGUCGAUGAAGAUUAACAGGUCUUUCCACCCCCAAUAACGGAGGAAGGCUGGGUCGGUAAUUCAGCAGACGCUCCAUAUAAAAAC